GUGAGUUUUGAGGAUUUUUUUUUGAAGUUCAAAAUCUUUCUUUAAAACAAUGGAUACCCAAAAGGAAAAUUUGCUUGAAAAAUUCGAAAAAGAUGUAGAAGAUGAAAAACUUUUUGCCUCAGGGAAAAUUGGAGCACCAUUAUUUGAUUGGCCAUGGCAAAAUUUGGGAAGUAACAAGUACCUUUUGUUUGUGCCACUUCUUGUUGAGUUCAUAUAUUCAACACUAUAUGAAAAGAGGCGAAGCGAGUAUAUUUGGUGUUUGCAUAUCCUAAUCUUGUCUUCGCUAAGAGGACUUGUGCAUCAGUUAUGGAGUUCAUGUAAUAACAUGCUUUUUCUUAAUCGAAAUCAUCGAUUAUCUCAUAAAGGCAUUGGUUUUGAUCAAAUCGAUAGAGAAUGGCAUUGGGACAAUUUUAUCAUACUUCAAGCAUAUGUGGCUUCAAUAAUCUUCUUGAUGAAUCCUUUAAUGACUAAUCUUCCUAUUUGGAAAACAACCGGGAUUCUAACUUGUAUAGUCUUUCAUAUUGGGUUCUCAGAACCUCUAUAUUAUUGGCUUCAUAGAUUAUUACAUUCAUCUUAUCUAUUCCAACAAUAUCACUGGCUACACCAUAGUUCUGAAGUGAAUCAUCCAUAUACAGCUGGGCAUGCUACUUUUUUGGAGCAUUUAUUAUUUUGUAUAGUUAUAGGAGUUCCGAUCUUUGGGACUACAUUGAUUGGACAUGGUUCAGUCAUCAUGUUCUACGGUUAUGUUUUGGUAUUUGAUCUCCUUAGAUGUAUGGGGCAUAGUAAUGUCGAAGUUGUUCCUCAUCACAUUUUCGAUACUCUGCCUAAACUCAAAUGGCUUAUCUACACGCCGACGUACCAUUUUAUACACCAUAGAGACAUGAAGACUAAUUUUUGCCUCUUUAUGCCUCUCUUUGAUGUUUUGGGAAAGACCAUGAAUGAGAUAUCUUGGGAUCUUCAUAAAGAAAUAAGUUCAAUUGAAGGCAAGAAGGCCAAAGCCCCUGAAUUUGUGUUUCUUGCACAUGGAGUUGAUAUCAUGUCAUCACUACAUGUUCCAUUUGUGUUUAGAUCACUAAGCUCAUGGCCAUUUGUCACAGAACUAAUCAUGUUCCCAAUGUGGCCUUAUGCUUUAUUGGUGGUAUUGAUCAUGUGGGCUAAAUCAAAGCCUUUUUUGCUCUCAUUCUGCCAUCUUAGAGGAAAAUUACUCCAAAGUUGGAUUGUACCAAGAUUUGGUUUCAUGUAUUUUCUACCAUUUGCGAAAGACGGCAUAAAUGAGAAAAUUGAAGAAGCUAUACUAAUGGCUGAUCGAAUUGGUGUCAAGGUUCUUAGUCUUGCUGCCUUGAACAAGAAUGAAGCGUUGAAUGGAGGUGGGAAACUUUUUGUCAAGAAACUUCCUAAUCUCAAGGUUCGUGUAGUCCAUGGAAAUACAUUGACUGCAGCAGUUAUUCUUAAUGAGAUUCCUCCAGAAACCAAAGAGGUGUUUUUGACAGGAGCUACUUCUAAGCUUGGAAGAGCAAUUGCCCUCUACUUAGCUCGUCGUAAAACUAGAGUCUUGAUGCUUACUGAAUCUACAGAAAGGUUUUCAAGAAUUCAGAAAGAAGCUUCAGUGGAAAAUCAGAACUUAUUGGUACAAGUGACCAAGUAUCAAGCAGCUAAACACUGCAAGACGUGGAUUCUGGGCAAAUGGACCACACCAAGACAGCAAAGAUGGGCACCGCCUGGAACACAUUUCCAUCAGUUUGUGGUUCCACCUGUGUUUGAAUUCAGAAGAGAUUGCACUUAUAGUAAGCUUGCAGCAAUGAGGCUUCCUGAUGACGUACAAGGCUUAGGCGUCUGCGAGUACACCAUGGAGAGAGGUGUGGUUCAUGCUUGUCAUGCCGGUGGGAUGGUACAUCUUCUUGAAGGUUGGAUGCAUCACGAAGUUGGUGCAAUCGACGUGGACCAGGUUGAUUUGGUGUGGGAAGCGGCUCUAAGACAUGGGUUCAAACCAGUUUAAAGAUGUCUGCUUAGAUGCAUAACUCAACAACAGAGGAUUUGAAACUUCAAAAUAGUGACAGUUUUUACUUAAAGAAAAUAUACACAUUGAUUAAAGGAGUGUAAACUUGCUCCAUGUAUUCAUUCAUGUAAAAAGUAUAAAUUUUCAAUAUAGUGUUUAAUAAAGUUUCAAUAAAGAAAAAUGAUUUAUAUACAAAAAAAUUUAACCUUAUAAUCUUUCUAGUAA